AAUUAGCCUCUCCAAUCGCUCGCGUUCUUUCGUUUUUCUCAUUAUCCGUUGGCUAUCAUGUCAUCCCGACUUCCACUCCCAUCAAUCCUCUGCACACCAAUCCUUCAAAGGAACAAAAUCAAAGCAGCUGUCUUCGGUAUUUUAGGAGCACCAUUCGUCCAUAUUUUUUCCUUGUACCAUUUUCAGAGGGGCCGUAGAUUUCUAGUCUUCCAACGUAGGAUUCUCCACCUCCCGUUAAUUCUUCAAUGGCCAUAAUCUGUUCCACUGUUAACUCACUCCAUCUUGAACCGAGCUUUGCUUUCUUUUUGCCAUCCAAAUCCAAUGGUAUUGCGCUGAACAGUCGGCGCCUGAGAUUCCCUGAGACAUGGAAGCAUUCCAUGAGCCAGGCCAACAAAAGCUUCAUACAAAACGGAGUGUUGAGGAUCAAUGGGAGGGAGCCACUCUCGAGUGUGCCAGAGAAUGUCGUGGUCACUCCUUCUUCGAAUGGGUCGUUGUUCUUGGGAGCAGUCUCACAGGAGGCGAGCAGCCGCCAUAUCUUCAAGCUAGGUGUUGUCAAGGAUUUCCCGCUUCUUUCCUUGUUCAGAUUUAAGAUAUGGUGGAUGAUACCUCGAAUAGGCCAUUCAGGAAGUGAUAUCCCAGCAGAGACACAGUUACUACUUCUAGAAGCAAAGGCUAAUGGAGAUGAGAGUCCAAAAGCUGAUAAAGCUUUACGAUUCUACAUUUUGUUUUUGCCAGUGUUAGAUGGCCAAUUUAGAAGCAGUUUACAAGGGAACUCUUCAAAUGAGCUUGAGUUUUGCAUAGAAAGUGGGGAUCCCUUUGUCAAGUCAUCUAAGUUCCUUGAGGUAGUUCUUGUAAAUUAUGGCGAAGAUCCUUACCAUCUUGUGAAAGAGUCGAUAAAAAUAUUGCAUGAGAAAAAAGGCACUUUUUUGCCAUGCGAAAAUAAACAGAUGCCAGGAAUGCUAGAUUGGUUUGGUUGGUGCACAUGGGAUGCUUUUUAUCAUGAUGUAAGUCCUCAGGGAAUCACAAAAGGUCUAAGGAGUUUAUCUGAAGGAGGCACUCCAGCGAAAUUUCUAAUUAUAGAUGAUGGCUGGCAAGAUGUAGCGAAUGAGUUUCAGAAAGAAGGUGAACCAAUAGUUGAAGGCUGUUACAGUUUCGGGGGCAGAUUAGUCAGCAUAAGAGAGAAUAGCAAGUUUAGGGGUGAUAACCCAACUUCAGAAGGAACCACAAAUGGCUUCAAGGAUUUCAUUACAGCUAUUAAGGAAACAUUUGGAGUAAAAUAUGUCUAUGUAUGGCAUGCCCUGAUGGGAUAUUGGGGAGGAGUCCAUCCAAAUGCACCAGAAACAAAGAAAUACAAUUCAAAGCUAUUAUAUCCAGAGCAAUCUCCAGGAAAUCUUGCAAAUUCUAGAGAUUUGUCCAUGGAUUGCAUGGAGAAGUAUGGUGUUGCCAUGAUUGAUCCAAACAAAGUUGAUGAAUUUUAUGAUGACCUACAUGCCUAUCUUGCGUCACAGAACAUAGAUGGAGUUAAAGUUGACGUCCAAAAUAUCCUUGAAACAUUGGGAACGGGCUAUGGUGGUCGGGUUUCCCUAACUCAUAGGUUCCAAGAAGCUCUUGAAAAGUCAAUCUCCAAAAAUUUUCAGGACAACAGUAUUAUUUGUUGUAUGGGUCAGAGUACAGACUCUAUUUACAGCUCAAAGGCAGGUGCCGUCACUAGGGCAUCAGAUGAUUACAUGCCCAGAAACCUGACAUCACAGACACGACAUGUUGCUGCUGUGGCUUUCAACAGCAUUUUCCUUGGGGAGAUUCUCGUCCCAGAUUGGGAUAUGUUUUAUAGCGUUCACUAUGCCGCUGAGUUCCAUGCCAAAGCAAGAGCUCUAGGUGGCUGUGGAAUCUAUGUCAGUGAUAAAGUUAAUGAGCAUGAUUUUGAUCUGCUUAAAAAGCUUGUACUUCCGGAUGGGUCAAUUCUGAGAGCCAAUUAUCCUGGCCGGCCAACUCGGGAUUGUUUGUUCAGCGACCCAGUUACCGAUGGGAAAAGUCUUCUGAAGAUCUGGAAUCUGAACAAAUUUACUGGAAUUUUGGGUGUAUUUAAUUGCCAAGGAGCUGGAACUUGGCCAGGUUUGAGUGGUAACCAAUCAAAUUCCUGUCCUGAGUUUAUCACUGGUCAAGUCAGCGCAAAUGACAUCGAGUACCUUGACAAGGUAGCAGGCAAUAAUUGGAUUGGUGAUUGUGCUAUCUAUUCCUUCGAUUUUGGUUCUCUUUCUAGAUUGCCAAAAAAUGGGACAUUUGGUGUAUCACUGAAGGUCCUCCAAUGUGAAGUUUUCACCAUAUCUCCAAUCAAAGUAUAUGACAAAAAUGUGGAAUUUGCCCCUAUUGGAUUAAUUCAAAUGUAUAAUUCUGGUGGAGCUGUGGAAGAUAUUGAUCCCUCUAAUAAGAAUUCUGAUAUGGUGUUACAUAUAGAAGGCAGAGGAUCUGGAAUUUUUGGUGCAUAUUCAAGCAGGCAACCUAAAUCUUGCAUGUUGAAUUCAAGACAGGAAGAGUUCAAAUUCAGCAUUGCUGACAGUUUUUUGACUCUGAAUAUUCCUACAGGGGCUCAUUCUUGGGAGUUGGACUUAUUUUUUUAAGUUUGAACUUUAAAUCUUUGGAAUCUGUCUGGUCUUUUUCUCAGGAUUGCACUGAUGAAAUAUAGCCAACAUGGGCAUUAGAGAUCCUGAGAAAGCCAAUAAAUGUUUAUUCAUGUUAUUCAUGGAUAUUAUUAUGUCAUUAAAUUCUACAAUAUAACUUCUAAAAUAAUUAUAAAUGAACUUUAUAUGCCUCAUAAUAA